AUGCAGCAAACAACCGGAGAGAAGUUUAAGGAAUACUUAAGAUGUAUAUUGGCGAGUGAGGUUUUAGUACAGGUGUAUGGGCAAACUAGUGACCACCAGGAAGUAAUAAAGAAAGUUAAGGAAGAAAUGGAGAAAACGACUACAACAGGGACACAGCAAUAUGAGCCAGGGGUGUGUGAGGGCCAGCAUUAUGGGGAAGUCAUCUUCGGAUUACGUGGUAUUGGACCAAGCAUAAAGACUAAGCUGGACGAAUGGAAGAGCGGUUUGGCAGGAGGCCACGCAGGAAGUGCACGCGUCACAGGGAAGAAGUGUGCUUGGCCACAGCAAGACACAAACCAGAAUAGUGAGGAAGCAUGUAAUGCAGAGCCGGGGGACGUGCUGCAGGAUGAUUGGCUCAUGGGCAAGAUAAACUACUGGACAGCAGGUGCUCUCUAUCUGCGGGUGACAACGUUGUUAGAGGAAAUGAAGAAAGGACGCUUGCCCGGGGGUAAAUGUGCAAUAGAGAAGAACAUAAAGCACCAGAUCAAGAAAGUGAAGGACACAGUGAACCCUGCCGCCGCGAAACCCGCCCCGGCCAAACCUGCACCUGUUGACAACGGCAGCCCUGCCAAACCAGUACCUCCUGCCAAACCAGUAGCGGCGAAGCCGGGCCCGGUAACGACGACGACACAACCAGGAGACAAGUGUCAAGGGGAGAAAGUGUGGGAGUGGAAGCAUAAGGAAGUGUACGUGGCGCAUCAGUAUACUGCUGAUCAAUGGAAACCGGUGAAGAAGGUGUUGGAUGAUUUUAUUAAAUAUUUGCAGGCAAAUAAUCAGGACUUUGACGGCUACGGUGCUAACUGUGAUAACAUAGGUUGGGAAGAUAUGACGUCUGGUCAAUACCAUAAGGCACAGACAGUGGCGGAUAUGAUGCGGUGCCGACUCAUGUCAGGUGCACUGUGGUUUGCAAAUGGUGAUAACACACAACACACAGGUGGACAUAUGGAUGAGAAAGAGGCGGCGCUCAGGUGCGAGGUGGCCCACGCGUUUGGGCACUUAUUGAGGAACAUGUAUUGUAAGGGCCAGCAAAAAUGGUAUAGAGGUGUCGAGUAUGCAUAUAAAGCAAUGCAAAAAAUGGGGGAAAAGACAGCGGGACAACAGAGCGGCCUAACGGGUCCCGUUGUGCACGGUAAGUGUACCAUGUGUGGGUAUAAGGGCUAUAAGCACCAUGCGCAAGCAGUAAAUUUGGAAAUAGCACAAUGGUUAAUGAGAGAAGGAAAAAUAUUGUCAGAAAUACAGCAACUGGAGGCGCAAAUGCCCUGUAACCAGUAUUGGCAAAAGUAUAUUAAUGAUGGGGCACAGGCAGGGGAUCCUAUCGAGAAGAUUUUGACCACACCAGGAAUUGACAAAAAGAACAAACUGGACAAAGAGAUAGUAGAAAAAGCGGAAAAGGUGUUUGAGCAGGCGAAGGAAGCAGUAGAACGGGAAAUUGAAAAACUGACAGGACAAACGGAAGAACAGACACCAAAAGAAACAACACCAGAAACAGGGAAAACUGCAACACCCUCCACACCUGGGCCAGCAGUAUCAGUAGGAAGAUCAGAGGACGUUGUGGAAACACCACCACCAGCAGACGGAUCAGAGAGAGCAGGUAACGAUAAGUCGCAACCAACAUGCCCUGCAGCAGGCGCAUCCCACACGAGAGAUGUAGGGGAAGGUAUCUUAAGUGUGUCUGUCACGUUCGACCCUUCUUCGGACCCCAAGGAUUGCUCAGGUAGUAAUAGUCCAGAGACUCCGGCGGGUAAAGACUCUACAGCAAAUACAGGUACCCAGGACACCCAGGUACCAGCAGAACCCGAACAGGGACCAGAAGUCAGCGUAACCUCAUCAGGGUCCGAUACAGGACAUCAACCCGCAACACCCACAGAAAUACCGAAGGCGACAGAAACUCCUGAUGCACAGGACACUACCCCUGCAGCCACUAAGGACACUAAUGCAAAUGAAGGAGGACAUGGUCCUGAUCAGCAGACAGAUGACAAGGUUACAACUAAACCCUCCGAUACUGCAGCACUGUAUUCCUUCGGUGACUUCUGGGAUUCUGUUAGUGGUGUCACCCCCCCUGAUGGCGCAGAACCUGAUACUGCUCCAGGUUCCCAGGCUUCCUCCUCUACUUCCCAUAAGGAUAAGCACAACACUUCCAGCAUUAUACAUGCAGGUGGAGGCCUUGGGUUCACAUUAGAUAUGCCAACGCUCGGUACUGGUUUAGGGGGACAUUAUGGAACAGGCCAUAGACCGAGCCUAGAAGUUCAGGCCUCCGAUAAUUCCGGGGGGCCCGGGGACUACGCUGUUCCGGACCUAACCGACACCGUCCUUACCGCCACUACUCCCGUACUCUUCUUCCUGUCCGCCGUCACCGUCGCCCUCCUUGGUUAUUCCCUUUGGAAGUACUUUGCGUACCUCGCUAAACGACGACGAACAUAUCGCACCGUUCGUAACGUGCCGUCACCGCCACUCGACGAAGACAUAUUGGCGCAUCUACAACGAGGAGCGCCGCCACCACCCGAUUACGGGUACACGAUGGUUACGCAACCUGCGUCUGCUGCCGUACGACGCGGACAACGCCCGCCACGCGUGCAUAAACGCACCAUCAUCGACCUACAUCUAGAAGUGCUCAACGAAUGUGAAGCGGCCGUAUGGGAAAACGUCAAAGACGACUAUUUGCAGAUACUCGUUAAGGCGUUUGCGCAGGAGUGUGCGCGUGACUUGCACCAGGACACGCAUAACAGUAUCUUAGAUGUGUCCACCUCAGACCAAGAUCUUCCAGGGAUCAAUGUUUCCUACACUGACUUCGCACAGACGGACCCUUGUCCACCACAUGACCCCGAUUCAUGGAGUUGUAUGGAAACUAUACAAUUACAAACGCACCCUUGCCCACCGAAUGAACACGACCCCGAUCCUUGGAGUUGUAUGGAAAACAUACAGUUACACCAUGAACAAAAUCGCCCUUCCGACCACGGUGACAAGACGUCGGCGUGCACCCAAUGGAUUAACUGGAUUGAUCGCCACAAAUAUAUGUUGCGGGCGUGUAGCGGCGAACCCUGGUUUUUGCAAUUAAAAGCGGAUUGGAAACAAUACCUGCGUGCACACAUGGUGGCAGACGAAGCAUCCAGUGAGCACAGGACAGCCGCAACCAUGGAAAGCACGCAAUUGGAUGCAUGGAAAGAAUGGAUUGCAAGAAAGCAUAAACGGACGGAUACAUACAGUGAAGAGGAGUGGUUUAAACAUUUGUUGAGCAGUGUAGAGGAGGAGACAGUGCCGGACAAAGGCGACGUACCUAUAGCGGAGAAAGACUUAGAAGUGGAAAAAGUCAUGGCAGCACACCAGAGGCUACGCCUGAGAGAUGUACCGCGGUCGCAACUGCAUCCGCAACCUUACAUGAAACAACCGUUAACCGCUCACACAUGGAUGCUCCUUCUCGCGUCCGUAAUCGAACAAUGUGAAAUCGAGAGUAGUAUGCAGGAUAGGGAGUUAUAUGUGGAUGCUCUAUUGGACACGCUCUGA